AUGGUUCGGCUAAACGUGCUUGCGGAUGCCUUGAAAUGUAUAUGCAACGCCGAGCGCAGGAAAAAACGCCAGGUUAUGAUUCGCCCUUCUUCGAGGGUUAUUAUCCGUUUUCUCAACGUCAUGCAGCGGAAGGGCUAUAUUGGAGAAUUCGAGAUAAUCGAUGAUCACCGUUCCGGGAAGAUUGUCGUCCAGCUUAACGGCCGGCUAAACAAAUGCGGUGUCAUCAGCCCCCGUUUUGAUAUGGGUGUCAGGGAUACAGAAAAAUGGACCAGCAACCUUCUUCCCUCAAGACAAUUUGGUUCUAACCACUAG